GUUCAUGGCAGACAAAAUAUAGUGUGCUGUGUGUAUGUGUGUGUGAGUGCUUCUCGUGUACUCCAUGUCAAAACGAGUUUUCGCCGAAAUCCGCUACUGUAGCCCAGACCUAUUGUACGGUAACGUGUCUUGGCCAAUACGCCCACCCAAUUUACUCAGAAACCGGUAACUACCCGCAAAGAUUCAUCGACCUCAUCGCUGAGGCGAGCGCUAGACAGGGUCUCCCGGAAUCUCGCCUACGCAGUUUCUCUCAAGAACAAAUCGAUUACAUGAAGGGCACAGGAGAUUUCUUGGCAUUAAACCAUUAUUCGAGUAAUUAUGCGUACAGAAACGCAUCAGUCAUUAACAAGCAUGAAGUUCCCUCUUUGUUGGAUGACGCGCAAAUUGACACUUAUAAGGACCCAUCGUGGCCAAUGGGAGUUUGGAUAGGUACUUACGGUCCCGGUUUACACAAGUUGCUGGUACACAUCAAAGAUACUUACAACAACCCAACUAUUUACAUAACAGAAAAUGGCUUUGCAACAGGCAUGGGGUUGAAUGACGAAGGUCGGGUACAUUACUAUAGAGAGUAUUUAACUGGCGUUCUGGAUGCGAUUGAUGAUGGAGUUAAUAUAAAAGGAUAUUGUGCUUGGAGUCUCAUGGACAACUUUGAAUGGGAUUGGGGCUACAGCGUCCGUUUCGGCCUCUACGAAAUCGAUCAAGAUGAUCCAGAAAAAACAAGGAAGCCACGUAAGUCUGCACUUGUGUUUAAGGAAAUAGUGGGAACGAGAACCAUCGAUUUGGACUAUAAUCCAGACCCGUAUGCUGUUGCUAGCUCAGCCAUCAACACCAAAACUUCAGUUGUGAUCAUAGCGGCUAUAUCUGUAAUGAAACAAGUAUUAAUUUAAUAUGCUUUAUAAAUUAUGUUAGUAGUAAGUAUUUAUUUUAUCGUAUAAUAACUAGUUAAU